GUGGUAUGUGUAAAAGAGAGGGAGUGGUCUGUGUGUGUGGGGAUGGGUAGAGAUUGAAGGGGUUUAGAGGAAGUAAAAGCGUGAAAAACAAGACUGAUGAUGUCACCAGUGCUAGGCAUGUCCUUCUUGGCCCUGGUCCUAUCAGGAGGAGCCUGGGCGUUUUCUCCCAUUGGGGACGGAGCCUCCACCCACGUCAGCAUCACAGAAAAAGCCGUGCUACAGAAGGUCACGGACGUGUGCCGAGCCAUCGCAGAGUCAGAGCGACGAGACUUCACCCCCACGGGCAAUUCUGCAGAGGAGCUGGUCCAGGCCUGCCUGGGACCCAAAGCAACAGGUGAAGUGUCAGCAGCUAAGUUCAAAUCUGCCCUGAACGAGAUCUACAUACAGAACGGACAGGUGGACAGAGACUUUGUCAACAGCCCAGCCCAUCACUUCAACUCUGAGGCGUUUGCUCUGGGCCGGCGCCUUAUCACUGAUGGGGUGGCCAGCAUCAAGGCCAACGUACAAAAGGAGAACUUCCUGGCUGCCAGAGAAACACUGGGGAGAGUACUACACACACUACAGGACUUCUACAGCCACAGUAACUGGGUGGAUCUGGGAUACACUGAACCCUACGCCAACCUGAUCCGCCCCGAUCUCCCACUGGAAAACCUGGCAGAUGUUAAAACACCGACCUGCAGUGACUGUGCCAAUGGGGGGUUCUGUUCCAACUCCAUCCUGCCUAACAUUCUUAAUGAGAAGAAACUCACCUCUGGGUACAUGGGGAUCUUGUCCUCAGCUAAGCCUAAAGGUAAGUGUAGUCAUGGCGGUGCAGCUGACCUGACCAGCUCCAAGGCUCCUCGCGGGGGAAUCAGCAAGGACGAGCGUCGCUCUGACAACGUGGCCCUGCACACCGCUGCUGUCACCGUGGCAACGACCGCCACCCUCCAGCUGCUGGACGACAUCCGGGGAGCCGCCGGUGACAACAACUACCUACGCCUCAUGGGCAUAGCGCGUUCGUCAGUGGUUGUUUUUGUGAUCGACACUACGGGGAGCAUGAGUGAUGACAUCCUCGAAGCCAAGAGAGUCGUCUAUGAGAUCAUCGACAGCAAGAAGGGAACGCAGGAUGAGCCCUCCCAGUACAUCCUGGUCCCAUUCAAUGACCCAGAGUUCGGACCCCUGAUAAAAACGACAAACCCUGAUGUUAUGAAAGCAGAGAUCGCUAACCUCACGGCUGAUGGAGGCGGAGACCUCCCUGAGAUGUGCCUAUCAGGGCUCCAGUUGGCGCUGACCGGUGCCCCUGCGUCGUCCAACAUCUAUGUUUUCACAGAUGCCGUUGCCAAGGACAUUGAAUUAAAGGAAACGAUCGUGGCCCUGAUCAGGAGCACCAAGUCAACCGUGUCUUUCUUCAUGACUGGUGAUGGUGCUGGUGCUAGAAGGAGGAGGCGUGGAGUAGAGUCCAGCGAAGCUACAUUCGAGACCUACAAGGACCUGGCGCUGGCGUCUGGUGGUCAGGCAAUCAUGGUCACCAAGGAAAAUCUGCCCCAGGCCACUGACGUCAUCAUCGACUCCUCCACCUCCGCUCUGGUGACAGUCCUACAGCGAGCGAGGAACCCAGGCAGAGCUGAGACAUUCUCCUUCCUGCUGGACGAGUCUCUGAACAACAUCACCAUCUAUAUCACUGGAAAGACCCUCACCUUCACCCUGAAGAACCCUGCAGGUGUGACCCAGAAACAGAAUGAGGCCAACGGGAAACUGGGGACUGUCCAGACAGUGGGCAACCUCUACCGGGUCCGUCUGGCCUCCAACAAACAUACGGGAUUAUGGGAAAUCAGCAUGAACUCCAACCAGCCCUACACACUAAAGGUCUCGGGUCAGAGUACCAUUGCCUUCAUUUAUGACUUUGUGGAGACCUUCGAUGGACCUCAUCCAGGAUAUGCCCUCAUCUCUGGCCGUCCGCAAGCAGGUAUGCCUGCCAUGUUGUUGGUAUCGGUGUUGGGCAGAAAGGGCCCAGCCUCUGUCAAGGUGGCUGACAUUGCCUUGGUGACAGUGUCAGGGUCAGAGGUCGUAGGCGGGGCCCUGGAAGACAUGGGCAACGGGGAGUUCCUAGUGACGGUAACCAAGGUCCCUGCGGGGGAGUUUGUGGUGCUGUUGAACGGGACAGACGUGGUCUCCUCCACCGUGUUCCAGAGACAGUCCACCACUCAGAUGUCCGUCUCCAAGGUUACCAUCAAGGCCGUGGUGGACAGAAGCAUGGAGCCUGGUAAACCCUUCACCCUUCCCUUCACCGUCAUGACCGACGCCACUGGAGGCAGCUACAAAAUCAGUGCCAGAAACGACCGAGACUUCAAAAUGAACGUCCCCGGCAGCAUCGCUGUGACCACCGGAGGAAACGCCACCGGUGAACUGACCAUCACGGUGCCCGCCAACACACCCUCAGGAACAGAUGUCACCUUAACCAUCGAGGCUGUGGCCCCCGGGGCGUCCGACUCCAACUACGCCGUCCUGCGCCUCUCUGUUGUCAACAAGGUGACAGAUUUCACCCCUCCCCAGUGUGAGAUGGUCAUCGUCUCAUCGGUCGACUGCCCAGCUGACCCAGCAGCCUGCAGCUCUGCCUUCUGGCAGCUCUCUGCCAACCUGACCGACGGUGUCAAUGGCACGGGCAUCACCAGCCUCAAACACCGCCAGGGCAUAGGCAUCCUCACCCACACGGACCUGAAGCAGACGUUUGUUGCAGCAGCGUUCAACGCUUCGUGCUGCUCUCUGACAGUGGAGCUGGUGGCGGUGGACAAGGCCAUGAAUGUCGGCACCUGUCGGUUUUCCAUCGUCCGCAACGCGGGACCGCCCUCCCUCGCUCUGUCCCUCCCACUGUUGGUGUGUCUGCUGGUCUCUGCCCUCUUCACUACGUCCCUCAGAGACUUACUUAUCUGAUCUUAACCUCAUGGACUGACUGACUGCCAACCUGAUACUACUUCUUAAACUUAAAGGAGAAGAUACAUUUCUCAACCAUAUUUCUAUUUUUGAUGUAAAUGGGAUGUUAUAGAAGGGUUCAGAAUACCUGUUCUGUGAUUUCACAUGUUUUUGAGAACUUAUCCCAAACAUCAAACCACUUCCUCAUCCUCGUUGUGUCGUAUGGGGCUCUGAAAAAGGCUCCAUAAACAAUCAAAUACGUCCUUUUAGAAACGGCAACGCUCUCAGUAUAGUGAUGCAGGUCUUUAGAUGUUGUACACAUGAAAUUGUGCCUUUCAGCACUUUAUCCGCAAUAUUAUAUUCCCUUUGGCGCCACUCGAGACGUUUCCCCUACCCUAUAUUGAGUGCUUUGCUUUAGCUUUCUAAAGAUCAACAACGUUUGAUCCAUUCAACAGGAGUGGAUUUUGUCUUUUUUCAAACUUUCUUUGUUUCAUCAAACGAUGAUGAAAAUAUAUAUUUUUAAAUAUAAAUGAUGAUUGCCGAACAAUGUGGAAGGAACGCGGGGCACGUGAUGUGAUCACUUAACUAUAAAGCUCCCCUCUACAUUUCAUUCUAAAUGCCUACUGCUUGCUAAAGCUAUUUCUCAACUUUAAACACAACGUUUCUUUGCAGGAUCCUUGUCCUGACUUUCCAGAAUCCCUGAAAUGCUUCGCCUUGCUUUUCUGAUUGGCUGGAUACAAGUUUCAACAUCCAAUUAUUUCAGAUCUACUAGAGUGCAAGUUUCACUGUGGCACCGUGGCGAUACGUUGGCACAUGAUGAUAAUUAUUCGAAUAUGACAAAUAUCAGUCAAUUCUUGCAUUCUAUGCAUGCUGGCUUUUGCCUGAGACAUGAAACAGGUAGGUUGGAGGGCAUACAGGCUAUCACCAAUGUAUUAAUUGCCAAUUUGCCUAAAUGGGUCAUUGAAACAGUUCAACCACAACAUUUUUAUUCAACCCUAUAGGUGUGAUGUCAUUACGUCCAUCGGUUUUUAUCGACACGUUCAGUGGAAACGCCUCGUAGCAGGUAACUUUCUAAAUGUCUACAAAACAUCACUGGACACGUUUAGUGGAAACGCCUCGUAGCAGGCAACUUUCUAAAUGUCUACAAAACAUCACUGGACAAGUUCAUGGAAACAUAGCUAGGGAUGGCGCAAUUGGGCAUCAGGUUGCUGUAUGAUAUGAUAAGGAAAGCUAAUAUAUUUAUUAACACCUAUCCAGGUGUUGUUAGAUCUGGCAGGAAUCUGCAAAGUUUUCAUCUGGGAAUGUUCCCAAGGCCACCACGAAAACGAAUGUUUCUGGUGUAAAAAAGUGCCAGCAGCUUCUCUCUCUGGGCAAUUUCUCAUCAUGUCACUUGCACUGUAAUAUUGAUGUUUUAAUUUUUGUGUCCGGUUUACCUCUCUGGCAUGAAUAAAAAGCUCUGCUUUCCUGCUGCA